UACAUACAAAUCAAGUUACCAGAUCCCAAUCAGCUAGUCAGCAGCAAACAUCUAUUUAGCGAAAAGGAAGCAAGAUCGAUGAAUAGUCACUCGAUCAUGGCGGUGUCGUCGGUGUUCGCCGCCUUCGACAAGGACGGCGACGGCAAGGUCUCCGCGUCCGAACUGCGGCGCUGCAUGGAGGCCACGCUGGGCGAGAGCGUGUCCGAGGAGGAAGCGGCGGCGGUCCUUGCGGCGAUUGAUGCCGACGGCGACGGGCUGCUAAACCAAGAAGAGUUCUCGAGGCUGGCCGCCGGCGCCCAUGAAGAGGAGGACGAUGCCGACGUGAAGAGAAGGUGCCUGAGGGAGGCGUUCGGGAUGUACGCGGAAGACACGACGACAACGGUGAUUACGCCGGCGAGCCUGAGGCGAACACUGAGCAGGCUGGGGUCGCACGAGCUGGGCGUGGAGGAGUGCCGGGCAAUGAUCUGCAGAUUCGACCUUGACGGCGACGGCAAACUCUCGUUCGACGAGUUCCGGGUCAUGAUGAUGGCCUGAUCAUCGAUCUCUCUUCUUCGCAUUCUUCUAGAUACAUAUUUUGUUCACUCUUUUUUUUGCGGAGGCUAAUAGUAUUCACUUAAUUCAUUGAUCGAUCACAUAUGUAUGUACAGUCAUGUUUUCAUUCAUUGUUUUACUCGCGCGAUGGUCAGUGUGUUAUGUCUACAUUUAUUCAUUGCUUUGCUCGCACGAUCACUAGAAUGCUA